CCCAUAAUGCAUCCUGCCUGAUCACUGAACAGCUCUACAGCUUGCACUUCCAUAAAGUGUUGUUGAAUACUGUUUUAUCAUCGUAGAGAAGAAGACUGGUGCACAUCUUUGUACUUUUGCAGCAGCAUGUCUGAAUAUAUGACAUUCCAGCAUGGCAAGCCUCGGUUCGACCAGAACACAUUUUUUGGUCGGUUCAGGCACUUCCUGGAUGUGAUUGACCCCAGCACACUCUUCGUGACAGAGAAACGUCUGCAGGAGUCUGUGGAGCUGCUCGACCGAUUCAAACAAGGAACUCUGCCUCCAGGUGUGACAGAUGCUCAGCUUUGGCAAGCUCAAAAAAUAAAGCAGGCCAUCAUCCACCCUGACACGGGGGAGAAGAUCCUCAUGCCCUUUCGGAUGUCAGGUUUUAUCCCAUUUGGCACACCAGUGGUUGUUGGCCUCCUUCUCCCAAAUCAAACAUUGGUGUCAACUAUCUUCUGGCAGUGGUUAAACCAGAGUCACAAUGCCUGUGUGAACUACUCCAACCGCAACGCCUCCAAGCCAGCUCCAGCUUCCAAAUUCGUCCAGGGAUACCUCGGAGCGGUGACCAGCGCAGUCUCCAUCGCUGUGGGGUUGAACGUGUUAAUCCAGAAAGCCAGCGGCUUCAGCCCAACUACCAGGCUUUUGGUGCAGAGGUUCAUCCCCUUCCCAGCAGUGGCGAGUGCAAACGUCUGCAACGUGGUGCUCAUGAGACACUCUGAGCUGGCGGAGGGCAUCAACGUGCUCGACGACAACGGCAACGUGGUGGGAACGUCGAAAGUGGCUGCCAGGCAUGCCCUUUUAGAAACAGCUCUGACCAGAGUGGUCCUACCCAUGCCAAUUCUGAUCCUCCCUCCCAUCAUCAUGGCUGCACUGGAAAAGCUUCCUCUCCUGCAGAGACGGCGGAGGCUCGUCCUGCCCGUCCACAGUCUGGUGGUUCUCGCCGCCUUUGGCCUGGCUCUGCCUCUCGCCAUCAGUCUCUUCCCACAGAUGUCCCAGAUCAGUGUGAGUGAGCUGGAGCCCGAGAUCGCCAUGGCAACAGAUUGUAAGAUUGUGACAUAUAAUAAAGGCUUGUGAGCGAUCUCUACGGCCCGACACGUGAAGAUAUAGGACCCGCCGCUCAUCAUGAAGCUGCCAGAGACUGAAUCAUGGUAAACUUGGCUGCGUUAUCCAGUGAGAAGUUAGCAUACGGUUGCAGAGAAAGGCAGAUGAUACUGGGAAUACAUGUUGUUUACGCCAAGACAAUAAGCAAUAACACAUAAUGACAUAUUGUGAUGAAGGAAAUAUAGCAACACCUCAGAAAUUAUCAAUUUUAUAACAUGGGCACUUACCAAUGAAAUAACACCAAAUAGCACGUCUAAAUGAUUGUAGGUGGUCUGGAUUGUAAAAACUGUGAAUGAAGUCAGGAUGAAUGUAUUUUUGUGAUUUCUUUUGUUUCUUGUUUAUAAUUUAAUGAAGCGUUCCCAAACUUCUCUUGCUACCAACCCAACAACCCACUGUCACAGGUUGUAUGUCUAUAAGCUGUGAGCUGUUCAAUCAAAGCGUUGUUUUCUCCUCUCAGAUUGUUUCGUAUCAAUCAUUUUAAAACUACAGUAUCGCACAAGAAAGAAGCAACGAUUAGAGAAAAGUCAGAAAAAUAAACAUAAUUUUGUUGAUUAGAAUUUAGUUUUUUUCUUAUUUCAUACCUGGACAAUCAUCUUGCAACCCAUUAGAUUGAUCUUGCGACCUCUUGUAGGGGUCCUGACCCCCAGGUUGAGAACCACUGAUUUAAUGUAUGUAGAAAUUCAGCCAAAUGGAAAUAUAACUCUGUCUGAUUUUGUUAUAGUGCCACUAAAGCCAAAAAAAAA